AUGGUACUCCCCGAGCAAGACCCUGUUUUAGCUCUUUUCACCGAGUCAGCUGAUCGCUGGCCCGAUCAUGUCGCGGUGGACGAUGGGCCCAAGGGCUCGAGAACAUACCGACAACUGAACGAAGAAUCCAGCUCCCUGGGAGCAUAUUUGAAGGCCAAGGGAGUGAGACCAGGGCAUAUAAUCCCUAUUGUUACAACCACCUGCAUACAAAUGGUGGUAGGCAUCCUUGGCAUUAUCAAAGCGGGCGCUGUGUAUGUCCCCAUCGACCGAGAACGAAGUCCCCGUCACCGCAUAGAGUAUGUUCUGAACAAAAGCCAAGCCAAGAUCGUGCUCUAUACGGGGACAGAGAUCUCCGCCGGUCAGGCAAGAGCAAUUCACCUGCCGGCAGCUUCGGACCCUCCUGCCUAUAACGGCCAGGUAGCCAACCGUAUCGACGAUGUUCUAGCUAUCAUAUUCACCUCGGGAACAACGAAUAAACCCAAAGGUGUCCGGGUCAGGAGCAGCUCAGUCGCGCGGUUUGUCACUUCUCCAGGAUUUAACUACGACGUUACACAGGCCGAUCGGGUCUUGCUGGUCUUAUCUGUCGGCUUUGAUGCCUGCAUGGGGACUAUUUUCAACACACUGUGCAAUGGGGGCAUGUUAGUCCUGGCCGACUCGGAAACUCUGGCAGAGCGCGCAAAGCAAAGCACUAUCAUCACUGCCACCCCUUCGAUCUUGGCGGCGCUCGGGCCCCCUAUCCCCGCCGAGUAUUCGAAAUUGAGGCGCAUUAUCUUGGGGGGUGAGACUGCCUCAGAGCAACUGCUAGACCUAUGGGAUAGUCUACACGUACCGAUCUGGAUUGCCUAUGGGCCAACAGAGGCUACUUGUGCCGUCUUGACUCAGAGGUUGCGACGUGAUCCACAGACCCGGAGGUUCUUGCCCACGCGGCUCGGACAUCCGAUACCAGGAUCCAAAAUCAUGUUAUUAAACCCAACCGACAUGAGCAUCAUCAAUGAGCUCAAGACGCCCGGGGAGAUCGGGAUUGCAGGGCCCUGUCUCUCCGCCGGCUACCUCGACGACGAGAUGCAGACCAAUGAGAAAUUCAUUUACCUUAGUGAGCAUACGAUAUACCGAACCGGAGACAUGGCUGAGUGGAUUGAAGAUCAUGAUGGCACACGCACUCUGGACUUCCAUGGACGUGAAGAUCGCUUGGUCAAAAGUCGGGGGUUCCUAGUCAACCUGGACCAGGACGUCGACCAGGGCAUCAUCCGAGCGUGUCCUUCCGUGCAAGCGGCCUACUCACUGAAAAUCAAUGGAUUGAUAUGUACAGCCAUUGUGGGCUCGCAGGUCGAUACCGCAGAGUUGCUGACUACCUGGAAGUCGAUGGCGCUGCCCUACGCCGUUCCCGACCACCUCAUUCCCUUGCCCAGCCUACCCUUGAGCUCGAAUGGCAAGCUGGAUCCGCAUCGACUCUCUUCCAUCUUGGAGAAAACAAUAGCAAGUCCCAAGGAAACCCAGAGGUCAAUGGCUUCAUUGAACCAGUUGAAUAAGACGCCGAAGCAAACCGUCCUGGCUUGGUUCCAGGAUGAGUUAAAAAUUCCUCUCACUGAGAUUGACUUGAAUGCUUCGAGUGUGUCAAUGGGAGUCAGUUCACUCGCUGCAGUCAGACUAUCCUCCUUCUGCGGUCAGGCUGGCUAUGUAGUCUCAGUGGCUGAUAUUCUGGAGGCACCGUCACUGAAGGAGGUCAUUGCCCGAUGUAAAACAUCAUCGACUGCGCCCAACAAUAAGUUUUCCAGCCAGCAGAGAGAUCCAGUGACGCAUUCAAAUCUUAGCCCUCUACAACACAAGAUGGUUCUGGAAACGAAGGUUGACCCUCAUGUGAACUAUGCACAACACAUCUCCCAUUAUCGCACCGAGGAUAUCAGGCACAUCAAGAAGGCAUGGGAGACUGUGGCCCGGGCGGAGCCGCUCUUUCGGACAGCUUUCACGGAAACUGAAUCCGGAAUCGUUCAAGAGGUGGUAAUGGAGAGCCAAUUUCGCUGGGAGGAGCGGGCAGUUCACACCUCGCAGCAAAUCGAGGACCAUAUGCAUGGAGCAAUAAAACGAACCGGUCUGGGAGUGUCGGUUUUGGUGUUGCACCAUGAAGGUAUUCAGCUGCCACAAGGCGAAAGUGUACUGGUGUGGACCACCCAUCGGGCUUUGUUGGAUGGAUUCUCCAGUCUCCUGUUAUUGGGAAAACUGGAUAUGGCGCUUGAAGGACACAAAUUCGAGCCCUCCAUCCCGUUUGCGCAAGCAGCGAUGGAUCUACACCAGCUGCGCGGACGGAUGAAUGAGGAAGCAUGUAGGUUCUGGAAACAUCGUCGGAAGGGGCUGUCAGAGUCCAAGGGCGAAUUCAAUAUCCCUGACACGCUGUCCCAGGACAAGGACUGCUGGGCCAAUAUACAGUACAUCCACCCAGAGCCUCUAGACAGGGGGCAACUGAGCCAGAGGGCGAAGCAAUUAGCCGUCACCCCAGCCUCAAUACUACAUGCCGCCUGGGCCUUGCUGGUCUCCCUGUACGCUGACUCCAGCCAGGUAUCGUUUGGGAUGGUGCUUUCCGGCCGGGAUUUGCCUUUCACCUGGGCCCCGUCGGUAAUCGGCCCUUUGAUCAACCAGCUGCCAUACAGUUGCGCAAUCAAAAGACAAAUGUCCGUAUCUACCUUUGUCCAGAGCGUUCAGAGGGACAUUCGCGACCAUGCGCGAGUCCAGCUUUCUGAGGCACCGGUGGGCACCCCGCCGAUUACCACUCUGCUCGUGGUGCAGGAGGCCGACAUGCGCAAGCGAUCAGUGGUCCUGCCCCCCUUACGUGAACCACGUCUGAGGGAAUCUACCAGCCUGCCUCUAGUCAUGGAGGUGCAAAGCACGGGCGAGAUGCAUCUUUUGUAUCGCAGCGAUCGGUUCAAUGCUCAGACAGUCCAGGACGUGGCGGCUAUCUUCAGAAACAUCGCUCAGCUUCUCACUGCCGAUGCUGAAUGUCUCACUGUAGGGCAUUGCCUUCAGCACAGUCUGCCACCGCCCAUGCAGCACUCCCUCCUGCAGCUGGGUAAUAUCAAUCGACCAGAAUCACGAGUGACAAACACAGGACCGACACUGGGCAGCUUGUUUCGGAACACGGUGCGCCAGCAUCCCAAUCUCAUCGCUGUAACAAAGGACACAAUGUCCGUCUCCUAUCGCCAACUUCUGGACUCCGCUCAGCGCGUGGCCUAUGCCGUUCUCUCACACGCGCGGCCAGGAGACGUUGUUGCCGUGAUCGCCGAUCGUUCUAUUAACUGGAUUAUUGGAGUUUGGGCUGCGGUGCUGGCCGACACCGCCUAUUGCCCGAUCGAUGCUUCAUUUCCAACGGAGUACCAGGUAUCACUAGUGAAACAAAGCCACGCCACCCUGGUGUUAUUUCCAUCGUCAGAACAACGGAUGCAUUGGUGCUCCCAAGAAUGGCCAGCUCUUGCGACCGAGGAUGCUUUACAGAGCGCGAAAGUGCCUGUUGCUGGGCCGUGGCCAACGCAAACGCCCAGUGAUGUGGCAUACGUUUGCUUUACCUCAGGAUCCACUGGUGUUCCUAAAGGUGUGAAGUGUCUUCAUCGGGGACUAGUCGCCCUUCAAUCCCGCGAGGAAUACCGAAUUUUCAGUCAGCCAGGACGUCGGAUCGCCCAAUUCCUCUCGCCUGGAUUUGGAGGCUGCGUAUUUGAGGUCUUUGGUGCCUUGUGCUAUGGGGCUACUUUGGUGCUCCGAACGAAGGACGAUGACAUAUUAUCACAUCUGGACCAGGUGGACGCCACCAUUCUUACCCCGUCCGUUGCGGCAGAAAUGGUUCCAUGGCAGUUUCCGAGAAUCAAAUAUGUUUAUUUUGCUGGCGAGCCGGCCACAGAGCCCAUUGUGGCCCGCUGGUGGUCCCCAGAUCGGCAGCUGUACAAUGCCUACGGAUCUACCGAGGCUACUGUGAUGAAUACAUUGGGCUCACUAGACCCUGACCUACCCAUAUGCCUGGGUGGUCCAGUCCCGUCCUCCAGAUUAUAUGUUUUGAACGGGGAAGGGGAACUUGUUCCACCUAAUACAAUAGGGCACAUCCACAUCGCGGGUGUACAGGUGAGUGAUGGGUACAUUGAGACGGCACCAACGAGACGCGGAGAGUUUCGGCCAGACCCGUUUUGCGAUGGGCAGGAAAGGAUGUAUCACACGGGUGAUCUGGGCCACUUUGACCAUGGGGGUAAGCUUUGGUACUGCAGCCGCAAAGACCGCCAGGUGAAGGUUCGCGGAUAUAGAGUCAACCUCGACGAUAUCGCUCAUGCAGUCUACCGCCUCGUGCCCACAGUACGGAAGGCCGUGGCGGUUCUCCGCGAGGAUGGCAGCAUUGUGCUCGUGCUGUGCCCGAAAAAGGUGGAUGAAGCUGGCGUCCGUGAAGCCUUGCGCACCGCCCUGCCCCCUCAUUAUCAGCCCUCCCAAAUACAGACACUGGAGAAUAUGCCGACGACAAAGAACGGAAAGAUGGAUUUGCAGACACUGAAGAAAGUCAACGCGAGGGGAGUCUCCGGAUCGAGACCCGAAAAGGCGGUCGACACCCCCCUCAGCGAAGCCGCUCGAGCUAUAGCUGGAGCCUGGAAACACAUAUUGAGCCUUGAUCCUUCUGCUAAGAUAAACGAAGAUGAUGACUUCUUUGCGCUCGGUGGAGACUCUGUCUCGAUGCUCAAGCUAGCGCGAGAGCUGAACGAUAUCUUUCAAGUUCGUGUGACGGUCCGCGAUGUGUUGUUGCGGUCUGUCCUGCGGGACCUUGCAGCCUUGGUUGAGACGAGCCCCAGAACAACACUCAAUUUACCUCCAGCGCCGGAGAAGAGCCCUGAUCGGCUCGGAACGACUAACCUGUCUCCUCCGGAAAUGUUAUGGGUACAUUACUAUACCACCUCCCAAUGUCCAAGCGCGUUCAAUGUUCCAUUCCAUGCCAGCCUGUCGCCACACCUUGAUUUGAAAAGGCUCGCCUCGAGCGUAGAGGGGUCACUAAAUCGCCACCGUAUCCUGCGGACUCGCAUUAAGAAGUCUCAUAACGGGUACACGCGCACCAUCUCAGACGAACGCAUCGCAGUGCGCUUUGAGACAUCCAUCAAUGUUGGGGAAUGGAUCAGUCAGCCGUUCAAACUCGAAGGAAGUCUGGUCCGAGCCGCUAUGACCAAAGAUUCUUUACUCCUCAAUUUCUCCCAUCUGCUCUGUGAUAAUGACACCUUGACGCAUCUUCUACAGGAAAUUGGGGAUCUGUAUUGCGGUAGACGAGUAUCUGCUGUGACGCACGAAUACUUUGACGAGCAACCGUGGUCAUUCCCGGUACCAGUGCCGAAAGAGUUGCAAGCUUAUUGGAAUGACCAUUUGACGGGCAUUGAGGUGCCACGUCCUUUAGCCACACAGCGAGUCCGUUCUUACCGUGGAAGCUCCAUGCAACCCACAAUCUCCAGUAAAUCAGCACAGAGGCUCCUGGACACUUGCGCCGAUCACCACGUCUCCCCGCGGUAUUUUGCCCUGGCUAUUGUGGCGAUUACUUUGCAAACGUUGGCCGAUACUCGAGACGUCCUAAUCGGAUGCCCAUACAUCAACCGCCCCAAUGAAUCUGGCGCUGAAACGAUCGGGCUUCAUCUUGAACCGCUCCCUCUUCGCUUCACCUUGUCAAAUUUCUCAGAACCCACACAGAUUGUUGAACAUCUGCUGCAGGCAGUGAGGACGACGGCUCAGGCUGCUGUCGCGCACGCGGUUCCGUGGCAUGCGUUGUUGGCCCUGUUGGGGCUCCCGUUUCCCUUCGGCCACGAGGCCGUCUUCGACUGCGCCGUCACCUUUCGGGAAGACCGGGGUGUGGAGAUUACCCAGCGGCUCCCAGACAUUGAGGGACUGAUGCCGCGCCCGGUGUCCCCCGAUGGCGCCAUCUUUGCUCUCCUGUUUGAGUGGCGCUUCACAGACGACGACCAGGGUGUGUCGCUGCGGCUCGGCUAUGACACGGAUCUCCUCUCCCCUGCUUUAGUGGGUGUGGUGAGUCGGGUGCUAUGCGUUGCACUGGAUAACAUGCUUGAUCUUGCAAUGACGCAGACGCGGUUGCGACACGUGCUACGACAAGCCCUAGAUGACGCUUGUCUGCGCGCGGGGUUGGAGCCUCUCUCUGUGCGGGAGUUGGCGCGCAAAAAUCUGAUCGGAGCUGUUUCCGGGGGUGUCUGA